UUAUGACCAAAUUAACCCAAGACCAGCUCCAAGAUCACCUUCAAAUGCAGCUAACAGAACUGGAAAGUCUCCAGUCGGUCUUCUACAAUCCGGGAGAAAUAAAGAUAGAAGACAUUUGUACAUUGGCCGACAUAAAAGAUUACGUCAAUAACAAAACUACCGUAUCUCCGCCGUAUUUGGAUUUCACCAUAAACGUUGUCGUUGAUCAUUUGAAGUUCGAGCUUUGCGUGACUUUACCGCACGAGUAUCCGAAGACUGAGCCCGAAAUUUUCGUUAGGAAUCAUAAACUCAACAGGAACAAAGCCGUCCAACUCAACAAAGAUCUCAACGAAUUCAUUACCAAUCAAGAAAAAGGAGAACCCUGUAUUUUUUCGGCUGUUUCUUGGCUACAAGACAACUCGUCUGAGUAUGUGCAAGUCGAACAGGAAGAAACGCCGCCUAAAAAUAAUACAGCAGAUGAAAAAUAUCUUCGAUAUUGGAUAUAUUCUCAUCACAUCUAUAGUAAGACUAAAAGGAGAGAGAUAGUCGAGUUAGCGCACCAGUUGAAGAUUACAGGUUUCUGUAUGCCGGGUAAACCCGGUAUAAUAUGCGUCGAAGGCACCACGACGGACGUCAUCGAAUGGUGGCAAACGAUCAAAUCCAUGAAUUGGAAGAAAAUUUUCUGUAAGGUCGUAGAAGAAGACCAACUUGAAGAGGGGCGUGCUUUUUUGAAAUUCGAAAAAUUCGAAGAAGUCGUUUUUCAAAAUAGCGGCGUCAAAUUCAAUCACAUGGAUAUGGGAGAGUUGUUUCGUUUUUUGGAAGAACGUUCCUUGGGGUACAUUUUUAAGGACCUCUUUGGGGUAGAUGCCAAGUCUAGUCAUUCUUAAAUUUUUAUCUGCCAUUUUGUGUUCCCUAAUGCUGCCACUUCUCUUCCACAUUUGUGUACUUUGGCCUACAUCAGGCCACUUAUUUCUGGCCUAUUAUUAUGUAUCGUCAAACCAUUUUAUUCUAGGGCGUACAAAGUCAUUCUUUGAUAUCGUCUGAUUUAUCUACCUCUCUAAUAUCCCUGCCUUAACGCCUGUCCUAUCAAUUUUUUUACUUAUAACCUUUAUUAUGUUCUCCAGGUAGGUAGUUCCUUUUUAAAUCUAUUAAUAUCUCUAUUUUUCAGUUUGUACGA